GGUACCUGGACGGGAUUCGGGGCGAAAUUCAAAUCAAUCGCGCUUCCAAUGAUACAGCAAUAAACAAUAAUACAAAUAAAUAAAUAAAUAGGGUUGCAAGGGACCAUAUUUAUCAAUCAAACAGCUACCUUGUCUUGCUAUAUAUUCUCAAUAUAAAGAAAGCCAUGUGAUAUGCUGUUUUCAUUGCAGUAUUGAAUGAAAAUAUGCCAUAUUUAUAAACCCGCAGGUAUCUGCAGCAUGCCCUAUUUACUGAAACGACUCGUCUUGCCUCGUUUACUCGCACUGCAAUAAAUGUUUUUCAUUAUUUUUGUAUUUAUUUAAUUGUAUACUAUAAUUAAGUAGCCGUGCUUUCAUUAACUUGCAAUUUGUUUUAUAGUAUAUAUAAAGCAACACCAGCUCGAAGAAGAAGCAGCGCGCGUUCUGUGACCGCUUUGCCUGGGAAUACACGACCCAGCCCGCCUGCUCCGCAAGUCUCCUCACCGACCGCCGGGUGGGCACCGAGGGACACCAGCGUCGGGGCCCAUUCCCCAAGGAAUGACAGAAAACAGCGAGAAGGAAAAUGUGCUUCAGAAGGUCCAGCGCUCCCCGGGGACCGUUUCCAUACAGCCCGUGUCUAAGCUGCAGAGGCUUAAGCGCUCGCUCUCCUUCAAGACCAUGAUCCGCAGUCGGAGUGUAGAGAACGUCUUCCAGCGUUCCAAGAGUGAGAUCCGUCUCCCCGUUGACCUCAUUACAGCCCCGCCCCAUUCUUCGUCCCCGCCCCCUCCAGAGAACCCGUCCCUGGCUCCCAGCCCUGCCCUGUCCUCCAAGACUCCCCCCCAGCUCCGCCCCCUUCACUUGCACUGCUUCCAGGAGCACGUGUUCCGAAAGCCCACCCACUGCCAGCUCUGCAAGCACGUGAUCGUGGGGAACUCAAAGCAGGGGCUACGCUGUGAAGCCUGCAAGCUCGGCGCCCACUUGUGGUGUUCGUUGGAACUGUCACAGCAGCAGUGCAUUGGCAAGUCAGGGGCGUUCAAGUGGAACUCCAGCUCCCCCCUCCUGGUGAAUGAGCAGGUGGGUGUGGUGAAGGAGGCCGCUCUCCCUGGGAAGGCCCAUGUGGACCCUGUGUAUGAGACUCUACGCUACGGGACCUCCCUCGCUCAGCUGGGCCGCUCCAGCUUCAGCAGCAUCUCCGAGUCGCCCACCAGGAGCGUGAACGAGCGGGACAAGGAUGGGGAGGAGAGCCUGCAGAGCGGAGAGGAGGAGACGGGCAGCCAGGAAAGUGAGAAGGCUGUGUCAGAGGACAGAGUCAGCUUGAAGACCCCCUUCAGACUCGAGAGACCUCCAAAGUACUCCUACGUGGCGCUCUACAAAUUCCUUCCGCAAGAAGUGAACGACCUGGAGCUGCAGCCGGGUGAUAGGGUGCAGGUGACAGACGACUCCAAUGAAGACUGGUGGAAGGGUAAGAGCGCGGAGAAGGUCGGCUUCUUCCCAGUGAACUUUGUGCAGAGAGUGCAGCCGGGGGAGAGGGUGUGGAAAGCCAGCCAUUCCUACCAGGGCAGGAGAGAGCUGGGGCAGAUGAGUGUGAAAGAGUGCCAGAUCUGCGUUGGGAAGGGCGAGGACAGUGAAGGCUUUCUGAAGGUGAGCAGUGGUAAGAAGAGGGGUCUGGUACCCACAGACUUGCUGGAGGAGAUCUGAGACGCACCCCCAAACCAAGCUACACCCCGAUAGUGCACAACCCCCCUGCUCCCCACAACUGGAGCUGCAAGAGACCAGAGGGGGCUGAACCCCUAAACUGACCAGCACCCCAACACCGGAAUCACUGAGCUGCCCCGGAACCUUCCCACUAACCCAGAUGGGCCUUGCAGAUGAGCCCUUCGGACAACUUGCACCACCUUCUUUUCCAUUCUCUUCCUUUUUUCCUUUGAAAUGAAAUCUGUUCCCUUUCUCAUCACUGCAGCUAUCGCUCAGGGCAGAGAACUUAAUGACUUAAAAAAUAAAUAAAUAAAUACGUGUAAUGAAGCACAAUGAAAGCAUAGGGAAGCAUUGUA